AUGAAUUGUCUUGUUGCCAACAUGGGUAAGGAAAAGUUGCACAUCAACAUUGUCGUUAUCGGCCAUGUCGACUCCGGCAAGUCGACGACGACUGGUCAUCUCAUUUACAAGCUGGGUGGAAUUGACAAGCGUGUGAUUGAGCGUUUCGAGAAGGAAGCCGCUGAGAUGAACAAGAGGUCCUUCAAGUACGCCUGGGUGCUGGAUAAGCUCAAGGCGGAGCGCGAGCGUGGUAUUACCAUCGAUAUCGCUCUGUGGAAGUUCGAGACCAACAAGUACUACUGCACGGUCAUCGACGCUCCCGGCCAUCGUGAUUUCAUUAAGAACAUGAUUACUGGAACGUCGCAGGCUGACUGCGCUGUUCUGAUCAUCGACUCCACCACUGGUGGUUUCGAGGCCGGUAUUUCCAAGGACGGUCAGACCCGUGAGCACGCUCUGCUGGCGUUCACCCUUGGUGUGAAGCAGAUGAUCUGCUGCUGCAACAAGAUGGAUGCCACCACCCCCAAGUACUCCAAGGCUCGUUACGAGGAAAUCGUGAAGGAGGUGUCGUCGUACCUGAAGAAGGUCGGCUACAACCCUGACAAGAUUCCCUUCGUGCCCAUCUCCGGUUUCGAGGGUGACAACAUGAUUGAGCGCUCCACCAACCUGGACUGGUACAAGGGCCCCACCCUGCUGGAGGCUCUGGAUCAGGUGACUGAGCCCAAGAGGCCGUCCGACAAGCCCCUGCGUCUGCCCCUUCAGGACGUGUACAAGAUCGGCGGUAUCGGAACAGUCCCGGUCGGUCGUGUGGAGACUGGUGUGCUGAAGCCCGGUAUGGUUGUGGUGUUCGCUCCCAGUGGGCUGACCACUGAGGUGAAGUCGGUGGAGAUGCACCACGAGUCUCUUCCCGAGGCUGCACCCGGCGAUAACGUUGGCUUCAACGUGAAGAACGUGUCGGUGAAGGAGCUGAAGCGUGGCUAUGUCGCCUCCGACUCCAAGAACGACCCCGCCAGGGAAGCUGCCAACUUCACCUCGCAGGUUAUCAUCAUGAACCACCCCGGACAGAUCGGCAACGGUUAUGCGCCUGUGCUGGAUUGCCACACGUCCCACAUUGCUGUCAAGUUCUCUGAGAUCAUCACCAAGGUGGACAGGCGUUCCGGCAAGGAGCUGGAGAAGGAGCCCAAGUUCGUGAAGAACGGUGAUGCUUGCUUCGUGAAGAUGGUUCCCACCAAGCCCAUGUGCGUGGAGACCUUCUCCGAGUACCCUCCCCUUGGUCGCUUUGCUGUGCGUGACAUGAGGCAAACAGUGGCUGUCGGUGUCAUCAAGAGCGUUGAGAAGAAGGACCCCUCUGGUGCCAAGGUCACCAAGGCUGCUGCCAAGAAGAAUCGUCGAGGCGACUGUCUAAUCAAGAGGAGCUCCGCACUUGUCGCGCGCCCUUCCGUCGUCGCCAUGGCUCGCUCGCUUGCCGCGAUUGCCCUCACCGCCACAGCGCUCGUCGUGCUGCUCUGCGCAAUUCAAUCAGAGGCCAAGGUGUUCAUAGUGGGAGGCAGUGGGCUCAGUCCAUGGGGAUACGGUGUGAAGAAGUGGAAGCCAAAGGGCGUCAUUCACGCCGGGGACACUCUCGUGUUCAAGUGGAGGGGCAUUCCGCAUGACGUGUGGAUCAUGAACUCCAUGGACGCGUACAAUAACUGCGACUUUGGGGCGGCCACUAGGAAGACCGGCAUCACGUCCGUGGGGAAAUACAAGUACAAGGUUCCAGCUUCAGCAAAAGGCACUUCGAUUCUCUUCUCCUGCAGCGUGCCUGGCCACUGCUCCGCAUUCAACAUGAAAGUGGCUGUACCAAUCCAUACAUAA